UUUCGCUUUUGGACUAUGGCUACGGUUCUGGCAAAUGAGAACAGAGUGGGUAGUCUUACUUCGAAGUUCUUCAUACAUAUCACAAUUCCAACGGCGAGAAAUCCUGACUGGAUUGUGACGAGGACAUGCUGGUACUUGUAGUUUUUACCCAGAACUGAAGCUACAGAUAAACGCUUUAUAAAUCUUUAAUCGGAUCAAAACAGUAUAAAAAAUUUUAACACAUUUUUUAGAGAUACGAUGCUCGUUAGAAGUCGUUUUCGGGUCUUGAAACUAUAUUUUCACCCUGAACCGUGUUGUUUAACUAAUGCGGAAGAUUUUGGAACUUGUAGGCUAGUUGAUACCCAGUAGAAACUACAACUCCCAGAGUGCAGUUCUGCCUGGCUUUAUCAUAUCGUUCAUGGCGUCUGGUCGAGGGCUAAAGACAGGUCGUAUUCUGACAAACAGAUAGGCCGUUGGCUUGAACGGUGAGUAUCGUCGCUUUUCUAGUUUUUGCGUCGAGUUCAGGUUGAAUUUAGCACUAAAUGUGGGUGAAAAUAGACGUGUGUCGCACCUUAGAUAGUGUCCUAGAUACAAAACCGACUCAGCCUCCUCCUACUGGUGGCCAAAACAUACAGUAGGUACAUUAACUUGUGAGUUUGGCAGUUAAAAAGUGAGGUAUUCCAAGUCCCGUGAAAGAUAGGUUUUUGCAUGCAUUGUUAGUCUGUGUCAUGUCGUAUUGUUGUGUUUAUUUUACGUCCGUUUUGCAGGUGUUGUGUUAAGACGAUGGAGGUCCAGAGUGUGACAGCGGAGGAGGAGAGGCGUCUGAUCCAGCUGAGGUUCGAUGCCGCCGUCAAAGUGAUCAAGAGUUUACCCCCGGAUGGUGAGUGGACACUCCGGUGCAGCCCGUCAUUCAGGCUCGUCUACCCACCGUGGGGGUUGUGGGUCUCGAUCAGAAUGAUGUCAGGCUCAAGAAAGCAGGUGCAAGGGAACAGCUUGGUGUGUCCUGGAUCUUGUGCGAUUUAAAGGGCCUAAUCCACUUUGACACGGACCAGCUUCCCUGUCAGCAGCCUGCAACUUAAUACACAGUUAGACCUGUCACUCUUGGAGGUCUGUCAUUUCACAUUGCCUCCAUAGGUGUGUAUAAAUAGGUGAUUCCGCACCUUCAAAGAGGUGGCAGUAAGCCUUUGCGAAUAGUACAAAUGAGCACCAGGUUAAAGUGUUGGGUUUCAAAACCAAACAUGGGCAAAAUGUCAGACUGUGAGGUAGACAUGUGUUGGAGUUAGGGCUGGGCGAUAUGGGGAAAGAGAAAUUUUUCAUUUCAGUCAAAAUAAUGAAAUUUGUGUCUCGUAGGACGCGUUAACACCACCCUCGUUUAGUCCGGUUGAACCGAACCCUGGAGUGUUUACCUCCCUUGGUGCGGUUCGUUUGGGUCGGUGUGACCGCUGACCUCGAACUCUGGUGCAGACCAAAUUAACGAACUCUGGUCCGCCUGAAGAGGUGGUCUCAGACCGCUAUCAAGUGAACUUAUCUUAUUGCCUCUGAUUGGCUAUAAGUGCUGACCGUUUGGCUUGAGCGUGUGAUGACGUUUCCAGCUUUUCUAGCCAAUCAGAGGCGAAGGGGGCGGGACUUUCUCUGGGAAAGGUCUUCCCUGGGAUGCGUCUUUUCCCCCCAGAAAGUCGCAAAAUCGCAUCAGGCUUGAUGUGUAUAGUCAGGCCUGUCAAAAUUCCCCUCAGAAUAUUUCGUAAUUUUGCGUUCUAUAUUCGCGUUGGCCCCGGUGUGUAAGGACCUUUCAUCUGCAUUUCUGCCGUUUAGAAUUUAGACGUCAACUGAAGACCAAAUCUAGAUGUCGGCACAACGUGCAAAAAGGAUCCAAGAUUUAGACAUCAGUAUUGGACCUCUUUUAGACGUUGAAAUGACGUCCACAUUGUACCUCAUCAUCAAAAAAAUACGUUAAAUAGAUGUUAUUUCGACGUCGCAUUCCGAGUGGGUAUGGUUGUGUGUAGCUGCUGCCUGCUACUACACAGUUGUUUGCUACUCUGUUCUAAAUCAGCACAUGAUUGGUUCAGUGCGAAGUGAACCCGGAGCAACUCCUCUUUUCAUUGGUUAUUCGUAUAGUCUACCAAAACAUGGCAGAAUGUCAACUACCGAAAAACAUAUUGACCAUGUUUGAUAUUGAUAUCGAGGGAAAUUAAUUUAAGAUAUGGAUCGUUAUCGUUUUAUCGCCCAGCCCUAGUUGGAGUGAUCCCAGGAUGAGGCUGCAGACUGCCCAGAAUGGCUUGUUUAAAAAGAUUCAUAAGUAUUGCUUAAAUUGUGCCAUAAGAUGGCGAAACCUCCAUAAAAGAGAAGAGUAAAUUCAGAAGUCUUGUUUUUUUCUAUGUCCAAACUUUUUGAGUCUGAAUUGAACGACAGAGUGUUAGGGCAAAAUUCAAGUAAAAAACUGCAGUUAUUCUUGUGAGUAAAAUGUUGUCAUUCUUAAAAAUCUGAAUCCUUGAGAAAAAUUUCCAGAACAGACAACAGUAUUUCAUUUUUUUUGCAUUUUGUUUUGAGAAAUGGGACUUUUUUGCAUUGCAACAGUGGAGGAGGCUUCUAAAAUGUUGGGGCUCCUUAAAGAGACAGAAGCUGAAAUGAUGGUUUCCAAAGAUCAUGAUGACUAUUGAGCUUUAAUUAUUUAAAUCAAAGCUUAUUGGAGGACAUUUUAAAGCUUGAAAAUGAGCACGACACCAUCUCUGAAGUCUGAAAAAUGACUUUUUAAUUCUCUUCACUUCCCUCCUUAGGUCCCUUUCAGCCCUCCAACGACAUGAUGCUCAAGUUCUACAGUUACUACAAACAAGCCACCAUAGGAGCGUGUAAUAUACCCCGACCUGGCUUCUGGGACGCAGUCGGCAAAGCGAAAUGGUAACACUAAAAAAACACAAACUCUGUCUUUGAGUUUUUAGAAAUAUUUUUCUCAACAUGAUUCCUGCACAGUGUUGGUAUUUAUAUGACAAACAGUAGUGUUUUGAGGAGACCUAAUCCUCUGUAACACUUUGAAGAAUAAUUUUCCCUCAAGGCUGAGCUGACUAACACAUCAUGAGAUUAAAUGUGAAGUAAACCAUGCACUGCUGAAUUAAAACACAUUGUGCAACAUGUUUUUUCUUGACCUCACGUUGCAGAGCAAGACUGAAAAAAGUGUUUUCUGGCAUUGUGGUUCCCCCUCUGUUGGGUCUCAAGUUAUGCUCAGUGAUCUCUGGACUCUACUUGGAAUGUAACCUCUUACCCACUAAGCUGGACCGCUUCCCUCACGGUCUGAGAUGAAGGAAAAAAAUCAGCACAGCGGUCAUAAAAGAGAAGUCGAGGACUAGCCCUGGUUACUAAUAAACGUUUGACCCACAGACGCCCAAGAUUGCACUGGCCUGGAUUAAACCGGGCUGUUGACAGAGUUGAAAAUCAAACAAAUAACUCAGCGGUACUUUGAUAUUUUAUUCAAUAAAGUGAUUUAAUUUUGCUGUUUCGAUUCACUUUAUUUCCUCAGGGAUGCGUGGAACUCACUGGGAGAUAUGCCAAGAGAAGAAGCAAUGACAGCCUAUGUCGAGGAGAUGAAGCUGGUAUGUUUCUUCAGUGUCCUUGAAAAUAACCGGGUUAUUGAUGGACUCGGACUGAACAUCCCUUUUACUGACUCGUAGAUCCUGGAGGGGAUGCCCAUGACUGAUGAGGUGGAGGAGCUCCUGCGUGUGCUCGGCCCGUUCUACGAGCUGAUCGAGGAGAAGAAAAAGAUCUCCCAGAUAUCGGACCUGAGCACUGGUGGGUUUUAUCCGUUCGGAGCAGCUCUGAACAUUUUUGAUUGUCUGUCAAAAAGCAGCACGCAGAGCUUAAUCUUUAUAAUUUGCCUCCUGUUUGAUGCUCAGCCCGUUUGACAAAGUUUGCUAAGCAACUGGAAGGCAAGUACGACGCUGUGUAAAUAUUUGAUCCCUGUGAUUAUGGCUUUGUAUUUGUCUGGCGUUGUAGCGUAGAUUGCUUUUAGUGCUUAUUAGCAGUCCUGUCAGGCCUGUGGAUGGAGCUCAGAUUUGCACGUUGAAGGUUGCUGUGGCAUCAGAAAUAGACGUGAAUAGAUGCAGAUAAACGGAGACUUGAUAAAAGUAGAAGAGUUAGUCAUCCCUGUAAAUCACCUACUGUGAUUAUAACUGGAGGAAAUCAUCCAAAAGGAUUCUUCGUGUUUGUGGUUUUGAUUAUAACAAAGUCCCCUCGUGUUGUCGCUCAGGGUUUGGCACCAUGCUGAAUUCAAUGCCCUCGAAGAGCGUCACCAAGAGCAUCAUCAGAACCAUGGAGAUGAACGGUACGCUGCAGAUCCGGCCGAGUAGACCGAAACCAAAAGAGGCGAAGGAAAGGUCGGAUGAAGAGGCGCAGGAAGACGAGGAGGAGGAGGAGGAAGAAGGAGAAGAAGAGGAAGAAGAACUAAUAAGGGAGACCAGAAAAGGUGAAAAAGAUUUUAGUGUUAUUUAAACAGUGUCGACCGAACUCGGCAACAACAGUCUCAAAGUGUGACCAAACCGAAAUAAACACGACAAAGUAGAUAAAGAAAAAUCAGCAAGUGUUGAGCAGAAAAAAGAGAGUAAAAGAGCGCAAUAAAAAAGAAAAAUAAAAUAAACUAAAUGAAUAAGAAAAUAAAAAAAUUAAACUUAAAAGACAACGGAAAAGACAAAAAAAAAUCAAGGAAAUGAAAAUAAAACAAAAGGACAAAAAAAAGCACGAAAAACAAACAAGAGAAUCAGAAAAAGAAAAAAGACAGAAAGAAAUGAAUCAAAAAAGGAAAAAAACAAAAGUUAAAUAAAAGAACAGCAAAGGGUAAGUGUACACAAUUAAAUAGAGAGAGAUACAAGAAAAGGAAAACAAAAAAGGUGAAGACAUUUAAUCAAUAAACCAAUCAAUAAACUUUAUUUCUAUAACACAUUUAAAAGAACCACAGGGGUCGUCGAAGUGCUGUACAUUCAGACCUAAAAACAAAUAAAACGAAGAACAAGAUAAAGCGAACAAGAAUACAGAAAUGCAAAAAUAAAUCAAUAAAUAAAUAAGCAUGCUCACGGCAGGCGCUAUGAUGAUAACAAGCAAAAUAAUUCUACGAUGUGUUAAAAGCCAAAGAGUAAAAGUGCGUUUUUAAAACUCAAACAAAAAGACGACAAAGUCAAAUAAAAUAAAAAUAAAAACUCUCUUCUGAUUUUAUUUCAGACAAGAAACCUGCAGCAUCUCAGCCGAAGAAGAAAGCUGCAGCCAGGAGGCACAAAGCGCCCCUCUCAAACGGUAAAGUGGCGAACGGAGGCGCCCAUCUAACAAACGGGGGUCACUCCAGGAGCGGCCUGAGCGCUGACGAGUCUCCGGAGGGUGAACCUGUCCUCAACGGUCACACAGGUGAGGGGCGUCAUGUUUCAUGGUCUUACUCAGCUUUAGUGUUCUCUGAGCUGGAUCAGUUCUGUUCGGCGUUGUUUGAUUGGACUAAAUUAGUGGUUCCUUCUUCAUAAUUCCCUCUCAGAUCCCGGCGUGGAUGUUUCCGGCCCCGGUCACCUGGCGAGUGAUUCAGACAGCGAAGUCUACUGCGAUUCUGUGGACCAGUUUGGCCAGGAAGAGGCAAAGCAACUUGUUUAUCACAUCACUUGUCCACCAUGACGAUGUAUUUCAUCUUGACAUGUGCGUGUUGUGCUUCCUCUGCAGAACUCGGAGCAUAACCGCUCUUUGGACGAGCUGGACGAAGACGAGAACCACAACCCCUCACCUCAAGAGGAGUCAGAGGCAGCAGGAGAACUCCAGGAGGACAUUCAUGAUCCCCCUCAGGUUCUCAGGUGUGGAGGUGAAGAUGGAGACAACGGUGGAUCAGUUUCACAGAGGCAGAGGCUGAAUGCAGGGAUGCCGGACAGCUCUUUGGUCAGAAGAGGACAAGGUAAGAGUUUGCCGAUACUGUGUUCAAACUCUGAGGAAUCGUCCCCUUUGCUAGACUUUUCUGUUUUCCUUGAAGGCUCCAGGUCUCCGGGCCUCGCCUCUGAAUCUUUGGUGCCUACGUACAGCGCCGGAGACGGGGAUGGGAGUCGCAGGGGUGGAGCGGUGACGCCCGGGGGGAGCCUGAACGAGCAGAUAGUUGUGGCUUUGGCUCGUCUGCAGGAGGACAUGCAGAGCGUUCUGGAGAGGCUGCACACCCUGGAGGCUCUGACUGCCAGCCAGGUCAGACCUGUCUGUUCUCUCAAUCCGAAGAGUUUCGCAUAAAUCCAGCACAAGAGGAUCCAAACCAGCUGGUUGUGUUUCAGUCAAAAAUAUUCAGCACACACACUUGAUUAACGGUGACAGGACAGAGAGACAUUCUCCGAACUCUGAGGUUUACAGAAAAGUCAGCAGGUCUUUUUGAAGAGUCGUAUAAUUAUGCAAAUUUUCCUCUGUGACAGGUAAGAUUUACACUGUGAAGUACAUAAAAUCCACAAGUGCAGCGAUCAUUCACACAAAAGAUGACGAGUGGAAACUUUUAAAGCUCCAGUGAGGAGUUUUUGAAGAAGACGUCGACUUUGAUUAUUCCAAAAUAUUCACAGAUUUUAAUGUUUAAUUUGACAGUCACAAGAAAACAAGAUCAGGUCCGAUAAUGUUCGGCUCAACCGGCCUUCAUACGGCUUUCUCCACUUUGACGCCACAAACAGAAAAUUCCCAACAGGAUCUUUAAUUAUCGUCGUUUUAUUGGUGAUUUUUCAGGCGAAUCUUUUUAGGUAUCAGGAUUCAUGUCUUUGCAUUUGUGACCGCUAACAAGAAAAGAUUCAGAGGAACAAAAGAGGCAAAUUUAAGAUGUUACUGAAGAUGUUAGGAAUAAAUACGGAAUUUAGCAAUAAGUAUCAUCAAAAUACUGCAGUAAAUAUACAUUUUAAAACUGCUGUGUUACUGCAAAUCUGAAAUUUGUUGUUUUAAGAGUAUUUUAAACAGGAUUCAAAUGAUAACUCAAUUACAUGUACAAGUUUUCUGUAGUUGGGUUGAACAGUAGAGGCAAAGCUGACGAGUUUGAGUGUUGUAUCAAACUGCGUUGUUUUAUUCUUGAAUGUAAAGCGAGUUUACUAAUAUUUUUAUCGAGUCAGCAUCACUUUGUUUAAAAAAAAAGGGUCGUCUUCGUCCAUCCGUCAUGUUGAACAAACAGUAAACUGUGUAAAAAUUAAACUGGCCCCGUCAGGUUUGGGUUUCUGUGUGUAAUCAAAGCUCUGCAGUGGAGGAGAUAAGGAGUUUGUACUUUGACACAGUAAAUAACACUCAGAGGAGAAAAGCUCUCAGCUGAAACGAUGUGCUCUGAGCUGCUGUUUGAAAAGCUUAUCGACGUGUUUCUCCUUUAUUUCAUAAUUCAUACAGGCGAGAUCGAUGUCUCUGUCUCCAGCUUAUGUGCCCCCUCCAGUGAAUAAGAGGAGACAGGUAAGCAGAUUAAAACAUGAUGUUUCUGACGUAAAUUCAGACAAAUUUAAAGCCGGCUGUUACUCAUAUGUGUUGUUUAAAAUCAUGUUUAUUAUUAAAAUUGCUCUAGAAACCUUCCUGGUGGCCUUUUGACAUUUCCCCGACCAGCUUGGCCUUCGCUGUCAUAUGGCCGUUCGUGGUCCAGUGGCUCAUUCGCCUCUACCUGCAGAGGAGGAGGAGGUGAUUUGUUUUUCUACGUAAUAAUACAGCUCAAAUUUAAAAUGACAUACCUCAGUUUAACUCUUAAAGGGAUAUGUCGGCGUAAAACUAAGUUAGGGUCAAACACACCGUAACACCAAGUUAGAAACCCAUCGAGAGAUGAAUGUUGCCGACCACUUGCUUCUCUAGUUUUACCAACUUAAGUAAUGACCGCAGAUAGCAAUAUGGAGAGCCACGCACUCAACCAAAACGCCACUCUAUAAGCACAAAUAAUGCUCAGAACAGCAGCUAACUUCAUCAACAGUACAUAUAGGGUCCCAGUCUUAGUACUAGCCACCAAACAUCCUUUUAACUUUGACUCAUUUCUUUAGCAAAGAGACUACCAUAUUUUUCGCACUAUAAGGCGCACCAUCAAUAACGCGUCUAUUUUCAUACAUAAGGCGUACCGGAUUAUAAAGCGCAUUAAACCAAACAAAACAGUCAGAUAAGUCAAACUUUAUUUGACUCAUUCAAUAACUCCGCGAGGCUACGCUAGCUGCAGAGCUCCGACAAGCCAGAAGGAUUUUAAGUGCGCCUUAUACUGCGAAAAAAUACGGUAAACACAACUCACCUACUCUCUUCCAGCAGCCGCUUGUUUUGUACGGAGACCUCGACCAGUCCAUUACGGACUACAUCGGGGUGACGCAGCCAAAGGAAGAACAUUUAUGAUCUAACUUCAUGGAAAUGCAAUCAGGCCGAGACGUCAAGGCAGAAGAACUACCACAUCUGCAGUGUAAUGAUCAUAAAUGUUCUUCCUUGAGCUGCGUCACCCCGCUGUAGUCCGUAAUGGACUGGCCUGAUGUCUCGCUACAAACAAACGGCUGCUGGAAGAGAGUAGGUGAGUUGUGUUCAGUCUCUUUGCUAAAGAAAUGAGUCAAAGUUAAAAAGAUGUUUGGUGGCUAGUACUAUGGCUGUGACCCUAUAUGUCCUGUUGAUGAAGUUAGGUGCUGUUCUGAGCAUUAUUUGUGGCUAUAGAGUGGUGUUUUGGUUGAGCGCGUGGCUCUCUGUAUUACUAUCCUGCGGUUGUUACUCAAGUUGGUAUUACUAGAGAAGCAAGCGGUCGGCAACAUUCAUCUCUCGAUGGGGUGUCGAACUCGGUGUUACGGCGUGUUUGACCCUAAAUUAAUUUUACGCCAGAAUAUCCCUUUAAACUAUCUGCCUCUUCAACAGGAGAAUCAACUGAACCUCCAGACUGGCACGGACGAGGAAGAAGAGUCCGCUGAAGGACUUCGGUUGGGCUGCUGAUGGCUGUAACUCCCCCCUCCCCUCUGCUUCAACUCACAGCCCAGAAAUUAGCUUUUGCACUAUGAGGAAGGUGCGGAUAGUAUGAGAGAGAGAGAAGGAAGAGGAAGUCUCUCUGAUGUGGAAUCAAAUAGGAACAUGAAUGUAAGGGCUGCAGUCCGUGACGACCUUUUGAAGAUGAUACCACUUUACUGGAACGGUUGGCGUCGAGAAGGUGAAAACUUAGAAACCAGUUACAGUAGCUUCUCAAUUAUUCCCAUAACUGAGGCUUUGUUGCACAAGAAAAGGGCCCCAUUUUUGUAGUUUUUGAGCAUAACGCUUGACGUGGCGAUACGUUUUCACACUUUUACCGACAUCAGUUGCCCGGGUAAUGCUGCUAUGAUAAAUCCUGUAAUGACUGUAGUUUAGAAGCGAGGAUUGAAUGUAAUGUAUAUUGAUGUGUUUCGAUUCGUUUAAAUUCAGAGAAUAAGUUAAUAUUUAUUGCUUUUAGCAACAGUUCAGAUGAAGGCAUACGCGGCCAGAUUUCAACUGUAUAAAUGAGGUUGAUGUUUAAAGUGACUGCUCAAUGUUGUGUGUCGGUGAAACCAGGUUCACAUCACCCGUCAUAUCUGUCCGCGCUUUACUUGAAUGUGGUCCAAACUCUCAAAUUCAUUGUUUUUCCAUGUAGAAGAAGUGCCUCCACAUCAUAAGGUACAUAAAUACUGGAGACGGCAUUCAGAUUUUUUUUACAUUCACACACUGUAGCAGAGCUGUUUCAGUGCUGGACCAAAUCUACAUGAAUCUUAGUGAGCCACUUAGAAAUGAGCGCAUUAACGAAUAACUCUGUCACCCUCUGUGUCGUUUACUCUGUCCUGUUUUCUAUUGUAUAAUUUUAACGUGUGAUAUAACAUGUUUAUGAGAAUACUGUUAAAAGAUUUGUGUGUGUGUGCGUGUGUGUGCGAGUGACAGUGAUCAUGAGUUGUUUGCAAAGCAGUGAGAGCUUUAUAAAGUGUAACUAUAGAUGUACAGUUCAGAUUAAAAUGCAGUAUUUUAAUUGCAUUCUCACCGAUUAUAAAUAGAGAUAACUGUAUCAUAUUUACAAAGGUUUGCUUCUGCUGUAGCACUAAUCAUGCCAGAGCCAUUAUGUUUUAAUAAAAAAGUAUAACUUUCUACUGAAGCGUACCAAGGCUUUCGCACUCUCUCUGCCUGUGGUAGAGCGGUGUAUGCAUGUGAUAAUCUGAGCCUCGAAUAAAAUUUUCAUAAAGCAUCACAAUUUGUUUGGAUUAUUCAAAUAAGAUGGUCAAGUCAUCUGGGACUCUGG